AUGACAUUAACCGCCACCAUCGCCAUCAGCAAUUCCACUUGUGGUGGCGGCGUCCUCUCAAUAAGAACAUCAUCCACUCCCAAUCCAUCAUCAUUAUUAAUAUCUUCGUUUUCCGAUUCCACUUCCACGUCAGUUUGGUUCAGGUCCCCAUCCACUCCUACUCCGAUUACUACUAGAUCGUCUGCUGCUCCAAUCUCACUUCCCAUUCGUCGCUCUCUUCUUCCAUGCGUGGCUGCCGCCAUGGAUAGUGGUGGAAUCCCAAGCUUGUAUCCGUUGCACCGGUGUAAAACUAUUCACCUGGUGAGGCAUGCUCAAGGAAUCCAUAAUGUUGAUGGAGAUAAGAAUUAUAAAGCGUACAUGUCUCCUGAGUAUUUUGAUGCUCACCUAACUCCACUUGGCUGGCAACAGGUGGAAAACUUACGGAAGCAUGUUCAUGAAAGUCGGCUUCUGGAUAGGAUUGAACUUGUCGUUACAUCUCCAUUGUUGAGGACUAUGCAGACGGCCGUCGGGGUCUUUGGUGGUGAUGGUUACACAGAUGGAAUGAAUGUGCUACCUCUGAUGGUGGCUAAUGCGGGAAAUAGUGACCGUGGUGCAAUAUCAAGUCUUAAUAGUCCUCCUGUUGUUGCAGUAGAACUUUGUCGAGAGCAUUUGGGUGUUCAUCCAUGUGAUAAGAGGAGAAGUAUUGGAGAGUAUCAAUGCCUCUUUCCGGCUGUUGAUUUUUCGCUGAUAGAAAGUGAUGAAGAUACCUUGUGGAAACCCGACGUAAGGGAAACUACAGAAGAACUUGCUUCAAGGGGAAUGAAUUUCUUUAACUGGUUGUUGACUCGAAAGGAGAAAGAGAUUGCUGUUGUCACUCAUAGUGGGUUCUUGUUUCACACAUUGACUGCAUUGGGUAAUGACUGUCACCCUCUGGUGAAGAAAGAAGUCUCAAAGCAUUUCGGUAACUGUGAGCUUCGCUCAAUGGUCCUUGUGGAUAAAAGCAUGAUUGGAUCAGACAUCUCAAUAACCAACUAUACUGGGAAAAUUCCUUCUGGACCCGACUUACCUAGCGAUGUAGCAGAUAAGAAAGUUCAAGAAAAUGGAGACACUAAAUGA